UUGCAAAAUGUGACCUUGUAUUGAAUAAGAAAUAAAGUUAGUAUAGAGAUGAAUGCCCCUAGAGGGUAAAAUCUCUUUAAUCAAAAAAAUAUAAUAAUCUAGAACGUACGUUGAAUGUAAAAACAAUAGCAUGGAACGAGCUCACCUGUCGAAAUACAACCAACCAAUGCUCCGUCGCUGUUCGAAUGCAAUACUAAGACAUGCUGUCCAGCUGCAUAACUAUCAAAACCCAAAGAAUGCAGCGAACAAAGCAAAAAUAGAAAACAAAGCAACGAAUUCACGCCCAUGCGACUCUGUGUUGGCAUGCUUUUUAUCUGAGAUAGCACACUCGGAAGUCAGCACUGUUUACAAAUAAAAAAAAUCACAUAAAAUUUAUAAAUUACAAAAAUCGGAAUCAAUCCACAUUUUUCUGCGGAGAACGAUUUUGCUGAAAUACCGCACCACCCUAAUGCUACUCUGAAGUUCUGAAUCACCGCAAACGUAUAAAAAGCGGUCGGGGCAACUUCUCAAACAUCAAACAUCAGUUCUACCAGUGAAAGUGAAGUCGGUCGAAAAUUCAUUCAGGAUGGAAGGGAUUUUGGCUAUACUUAUUGUGAUGAUUUCACUGAACGGUAUAAAACCGUUCACAGUGUCAGAUGGUUCAAACUGGCAUAAUUCAAUUGAAAUAUAUGAUUUCAACUGGCCUGCUGAUGCAGCCUCGAUAGGAAACAUCUCAAAACAUAAAACAAGUUUUAAUUUUUUCAAUGCAAUAGUGGACAUACUGCCAUAUAAUUUCACUGAACCAUUUGAGAAGUGCGAGGGAAUUGAAUUUGAAGGUGGAUUGGUUAAAUCAAUCCACAUUAAUCCUAAGUUAGAUGACAUUUAUUUAUACAACACAUCUACUGAAAAUGUGAUAAUUAAACCUGAUAUGUUCUACAAACUGGGCGAUUUCCGGUGUGUGAAAACAAAAUUGACACAUAUCCCAGAGAAUAUCAAUCGGUUGAAACAUUUGAAAAAUUUAAAUCUUGAUGGCAACUUGAUAGAAAUAGUUCAAAUGGACCAGUUAAAUGGGUUGGACAAUUUGAAAGAACUUUUUCUUUCUUCUAAUAAAAUAAAACACAUUUACAGUGACGGUCCGGUGAGUCUGCCAUCUCUCAAUUCAAUGUAUCUUAACAACAAUCAACUUCAACAUUUUGACGUCUGCAGUUGGGACAUGCCAUCUCUUUCCUACCUUUUUCUCAAUGGUAACAAUUUGACACAUUUCGCAAUUCAUCAAUUUCUUGCGCUAGAAGUAUUAAGAAUUUAUGAAAACCCAGUGAAUUGCGCUUGGACAGAUAGUUUAAAGAAUACGUCAAUACGGCUCUAUUUCCAUGCAUCUUGUGACAAAAAAAGCGUCGAUGACUUCGUAUUGGAUUGUCCACCACCAACUAAUCAUCAAUUGAAGCAGCAAAUUUCUAGUGUCAACACCAAGUUAAGACAAAUUGAAGAAAAAAUGUUGAACAACUAUCAACAAGUUUCCGACAGAAUGCAAAAAAUUGAAGACCUGCUGCAAAAUCUUACCGCAAGAAUUAUUGAACAGCAAAAUGUCUCAAAUGACAUCAUUGAGGCAAUGUAUCGAAUUGAAAUGGAGAGAGCUUCCAAUCACACGAAGAAAAUUCCAUAACUUCCGAAAUAAUAAUGUUCAUAUUAAUUGAAUAAUAUAGACCUAAGCUUAAAAAAGUUCUAUGUAUCGAGCGUAAGUUCAUUAUUAAAUAAACGCCAUUCAGAAAAAA